ACUAUGGUCAUGCGACCCAUCUUCUACCUCGUUCCUGUAACUGAAGCGCUCAGCGUUGCGGUUGCAACUGGUCAGUACCCUGAAGCUCGAACAACGGUCUCGAGGUGUAUCACCUCAUUAGGGCACGACCGUCGAAUCAGUGAAGGCAUGGAGACACCAGGCGCGUUGCUUUUCAGCGUUUUCUCGCACUCAAAGACUUUGCGAAGAAGACCUUCAUUAUCUAACUGACGUCCCUGCUGUGAUAGUUUCUUAUGCCACGGUGCCACCAGCUACACAGAAGUUCAGGAGGGCGCACUAGCGCAACUCGGAUAAUGUAGAAAAAGCAGAGACUUUUGCUAUCAGCCUCCGAGUCUCUUGUGGUGUAAAACGCAAGAUGAUGGACAAAACACGAACGAGAUUGGGCUGAAAGAAUGGAUCAUUAGUACAAGCAUCUUUUUCAGUGUUCUGCACUCACCCUCAUCUCCUUAUGCUCUAAAA